UUCAUGAAUUACGUUGACUAUCCCUUUACAUCCCCUUAAAUUUGUUGACACGGUAACAAUAAUAACAAUCAUUUUGUUGAAAAUCCCUCAACAUUUUAUCACCUAGCUGAUUACAGAUUAUGGACUCUAUAGUGUCGGAAGAAAUAGAUAAACUUUGUCUUGAUAAACAACUUACCAAGGAUGUUCAGCAUAAACUUGGUGAAGUUUCAAAGAAGUCAACUCCCCCGAGUCCUGUGUUGGGUGUAAAACCUAGAGUUAAAAUCACCAAACCAUCAGCUGAUUCGGGGCUAGCGAGUACUGCUACAAGAAGUUUAUCAGUCUCUAACAUUCCAGCAAAUUCCACUGAUAAAGCUCCUUCAUGCAUCACAUCAGAAACAGCUUGCAAUAAAGCUGCUUCCAGUUCUCCUCCUACACCAGCAAACUCAAGAAAGCAGCAAAAAAAGAACAGGAAGGAUAGGAGAAGAGGGAACGGAGGAGAUGAUUGCGGAAUUCAAGCGUCUAGAGCGGAAAAGCUGCGUCAUGGAGUGGAGCGCAGCAAUUCUGCGCAUUGUGUUGCAUCUAGUCGUCUUCCAUCACAGAGUUCUGAAGAGAUUUCCCAGCUUCUUUUUAAAAGUCAAACGAGUAUCAAUCUUAAUGCUGGUCUUCAGAAUCUGCCUGAUAGCUUUUUCAGUGAUGAACUUCCAGAAGAUAUUAAGAUACCAGAACCAAACAGGAAAGAGAAGAAGAAAAGAAAAGGAAAGAAAAAGGAAGGGAAGAAGCAAGAUGAGGAGAAGAGGAAGGAAGAAGCGGAGGAUGAGGAGAAGAAAGGAGAAGAAGAUGUAAAGGUUCAUGAAGGUCCUCUGGAGGAUGUUGUUGAAUACUCCCUUGAUGAACAAGGAGACGAUGAUGGUGAUGAUGAGAAGACUGUGUAUAAUUGGAGAAAUGUGACUACCAAUGGAGAUGUCAAGAAAUGUAUUCUAGUGGAGGGAUCCAGAGAAGAAGGACGACCUAUGCGAGGAGAUAUCGUCCUUGUUAAAUCUCAAGGAAAACUGAAAGGAUAACUUAUCUGUUUGGUUUGCUUCAUUUUGAAAAGCAGAAACAGAUGUCAGAGAUGACAUGGGCUCAGCGACGAAAGAUGGGUCAGUCUAGGAUGCGGAUUGCAAACUGGUGGUAUUCAAGAAAGGAUUAUACAAUAGCUGUAAAAUGUUACAAGAAAGCUCUCCUGUUCUACAACAAUAUUCCAACCGAUCAGAAAUGUUCAACUCCCGAGGAAUACCGCGAGCUGCUGGCGCUUAUGGAGGAGCGAUUGCGCGUGAUGCGCCAGGUCGCGAAUAUAUUCAAAAGAAUCGCGAAUAUAAUUCAAAAUGAACAGUUAGAGUUAUAAAUAAAAUUUCGAAAAUUGAGGAAAAGUCCCGUGAGUGACACAUCAAGUAUCCUAGGGUGGUAGGCGAUUAUAUCAAUAUGAUGAAGACGACUUUCGAUUUCAAUUUUGAUUCAUAACAAGCUUUCAAUCAGCAUGGAUAUUGGAUAAACAAAAACAUUGAAACAAAGGGAAGCUGCGAAUUUAAAAAAGCUUCUCUUUUAUUACUUGUAAGCUUUUAACUCGAAAAAAGCUACAGGGUGUCCCACGAAACAUGACAGUAUGCAGGACGACUUGAAUGUCGUCUUGAUUUUUGAUAUAAUUUGCU